AUGUCUCCCAACUACAAAUUCCAGGGCUGGAUGGGCCUCGACAAGGAUGCGGCCAAGGGCAAGAUGGUGUGGCAAGAGUAUACGCCCAAACCGUUUGAAGAGACCGACAUCGACAUCCAAAUCACCCACUGUGGGAUCUGCGGUUCUGACCUCCAUGUUCUUCGAAGCGGAUGGAGUGCGUCUCUCUACCCCGUCUGUGUCGGCCAUGAGAUCGUGGGCGUCGCGGUCCGCGUCGGCUCCAAGGCCGAGGGAGGCAUUCGAGUCGGGGAUCGCGUUGGCGUUGGCGCCCAGAGCUCGUCGUGCCUGAAGCCUGACUGUGAGCAGUGCUCCGGAGGGGCGGAGAACUACUGCCAGAACCACCAGACCGGCACUUAUAGCAGCAAAUAUCCCGACGGCAGCAAAUCCUACGGCGGCUACGCGGAUUACUGGCGGGGCCCGUCGCAUUUUGUCUUCAAGAUCCCCGACGCCUUACCCAGCGAUGUGGCCGCUCCGAUGCUGUGCGCCGGCAUCACGGCGUUUUCACCGCUCAAGCGGUUGGGCGCCGGGCCGGGCAAGCGCGUCGGAAUUGUUGGGGUGGGCGGUCUCGGCCACUUUGGCAUCCUGGCCGCCAAGGCUCUAGAGGUCGACAAGCUGGUCGCUCUCUCCCGGACAUCGAGCAAGAAGGCAGACGCCUUGGAGAUGGGCGCCACUGACUUUAUCGCCACCGACGAGGAUGAGGACUGGGCCGCGAAGCAUGCCAACUCCCUGGAUAUCAUCAUCUGCACCGUGGACAGUCCCAAGAUGCCUCUGGCGAAAUAUCUCCGACUCUUGCGGGUGGGCGGCACCUUUGUCCAGGUCGGCGCGCCCGAGGACAGGCUCCCUCCCUUCAACAUCCUGCCCCUACUGGCAAAAGACCUCAAAAUUGCCGGAAGUAGCGUUGGCAGCCCGGCGGAAAUCCGGGAAAUGCUGGACCUGUUUGCGAAGAAGGGCGUGCAUACCUGGAACAACAACGUGCCCCUGAAGGACGCCAACAAGGCCAUUUUGGAUAUGGAUGCGGGCAAGGCGAGAUAUCGGUUUGUCUUGGUCAAUGAGAAGCAUGUGUCGCAGGUUGAGCGAAACGAAGCUCGUGAAAACAAACUUUGA